AAAAACAGUGAGUGAAACAGCCUUUUCUCUCUCUAUUUAUAUCUAUCUUUUUUUUCUCACCUGUGACUUCUCCCUUCUUUCUUCAUCAUCAACCACAAGAACAACAAAAAAACGGAACUGAAGACUACUGCAUAAUACUGCUCCCUCCCUUCUGCUACUAUUCAAUCCAUCAUUUUAGGUUUUCUUUUUCUUUCUUUUAUGAACCCUGAAAUCCAACAGUAACCUUAAAACUCGGGAGAUCGAUCGAUCCCUCAGCUAUAAAGACAGCAAACCCACAAAAGAAUUUCGACAUAGAACAGCAAGAACCAAAAAAGAUCGAAUCUUAGAGAGAGAGUAGAGAGAGAGAGAAAUGGAGGGUGGAGGUUCCAUGAUAGCUUCUUUGUGUCCUAUGAUGAUGAUGAUGCCUACCAGCAACGAUCAAGAACACCACGGCGGAAACAACCACAAUUCAACCGCCGCAGGUUAUUACAUGGAUAACCUCGGCAGCCACAACCACCACGGUUGCGAGGAGGUGGCCGCCGGGAAGUGUGGCGGUUCUUCGCCGUCUUCAUCUCUUAGCUCCGUUAAGGCCAAAAUCAUGGGCCACCCAUACUACCACCGCCUCCUGGCCGCCUAUCUCAGCUGCCAAAAGAUAGGAGCGCCGCCGGAGGUGGUGGGGAGGCUGGAGGAGGCGUGCGCGUCGAUGGCGGCGAUGGGUGGCCGCGGCGGGAGCAGCUGUUUGGGAGACGAUCCGGGGUUGGACCAGUUUAUGGAGGCGUACUGUGAAAUGCUGACCAAGUAUGAACAAGAACUCUCAAAACCCUUCAAGGAAGCCAUGCUUUUCCUCUCAAGGAUUGAGUCUCAGUUCAAGUCUCUAGCUCUUCCUUCUUCUUCUGAAUCUGCUGGAGCGGAUGCAAUGGAUAGAAAUGUAUCAUCUGAAGAGGAGGUUGACGUGACUACGGCAUUCAUAGACCCGCAGGUUGAAGAUAGGGAGCUCAAAGGCCAACUUCUGCGUAAAUACAGUGGGUACCUGGGAAGCCUCAAGCAAGAGUUCAUGAAGAAGAGAAAGAAGGGGAAGCUGCCCAAGGAGGCUAGACAACAAUUGCUAGAUUGGUGGACUAGACAUUAUAAAUGGCCAUAUCCUUCGGAAUCUCAGAAGCUGGCGCUCGCUGAAUCGACGGGACUGGACCAGAAGCAAAUCAAUAAUUGGUUUAUUAACCAGAGGAAGAGACACUGGAAACCAUCUGAAGACAUGCAGUUUGUGGUUAUGGAUGCCACUCAUCCCCAUUACUAUAUGGACAAUAUGCUUGCCAAUCCUUUCUCCAUGGAUAUCACCCCUUCAUCUCUCCUCUGAAUUAAUAUUAAUAUGACAUAAUAUAAUAUAAUGUCCUGGCUUGUAUUGUUGUGUUUAUGAUAUUAGUUUAUUAAUUAAUUAAUUAAUUACCCCCAAAACCAUAUCUAUAUAUCUAUAUAUAUAAUUAAGUAGCUAGGGAUAUGAUGUUCCCUUUUUACAAUUUUACCUUUCAUCUUUUGUACGCCUAAUCAACCUAAACAUUUGACCACUUUUAUGUUAUCAAUAUAUAUUUGUUAUCUACCAAAUGAUAUUAUAUAAUCGAUGUUCCGGUGGUUUAUUUAUAUGAGAAAUGAGUGAUUUAAUUUAUAAAAG